AUGGCGGAAGAAGACUUGUACGGCGAUCUCGACACUUCGGUGGAUGCUUUGAAGAUCAAAGGGCUGGAAGCUGAGCUUUCUACUUCAGAAAGCCUGCGGAGGGGCUUGGAAGAGCGCCUUGCUUCAGCACUCCGGAAGGAGAAGGUCUUACGGGCCGAAAACGAGCAGCUGGCCAAGAACAUAUCAUGCCUAUUCAACACGGCCAAGGCUGAGAUCGCUCGGAAGGAAACGUGGAUUGAACGACUCCGGCAGGAGCUGCAAGUGGCAGAGGGGAAGCUCAAGCAGAAGGACGGCGCUCGCAGAUGACAGCUGCUGAAGCGCGAGGCAGCAGCUCUUCUUGUAGAUUCCACGCGUAAAGUUCUUCUGACUUCGUGCAUUGGCAGUACAGCGAACGGUGUGGGUGGUGUCGUUUUGUGGUUUUGGGGCUUUAGUCUUGGGUGUGCUCCGACGCUGACGCAUACCAAACAAGUACGAUCGGGGAGCGGCUUUUCAUUUUUCAGCAUCAGAACUGCUCUUAUGCAAUCUCGACCUUGUUGACCCUACUGUGCGUUUGCCCUUACGCCCUGAAGUACAGACGCCAUUUCGAGGCGCACGUGUACCUAUGCACGCCUUGCGCUUGAUGUUGUGGCGUGCGGGUCAUGCGCAAAAGCCUGCACAACAUACUCACGAACCAGUAUCUUAGCAAGCUCGGUAUGGUUGGAUUGCCCUCGUCAGUUCUUCGACGAAAAACAUGUUGUUUUCAUUCCUCAGGUUAGCUGGUGAGCAUGAAAAGUACUUACUGUCUUUUGAUGUAUAAAACAGAGGAGACGAGAGGAAACGUCAUACGCCCUCUUGAAGCACAGCACCAAAAAGACUGCCG